AAUUGUUAUAGAGAAGAAGUGAAAAAAAAAAACAUACCAUAAAGUGCCGUUCCAGUGCAGUAUUUUUGUUGUUGUUUUUGUGUGGUCACUGUGGUGCAUUGUGCGUGAAGGUGAACCGUUGGAAGAAGGCUUCAGCAAAAAGGAAUUCUUGUCGGUUGCUCAAGUGUCGCACCCGUCCCCGUGCGGCGCCACGAAGUAAAGCACGCGAUCGACACUAAACACAUACGCGCACCAAGCGGUUGGUGUGAUUCAUCCCUCAUCUGUUGUGGGGUAGAAGGGGGAAGCGAAAAAGGCCGAGAAAACCCAACCAUUCUCGACCGUUUGUGUGGAAAUUGUAGAGCAUUUAAGAGUGUACCGUGGGCGCCGAUGCGAUCGUCAAGUAAGUCGAUCACACGCACCCGCCACACGGGAAAAGGAAAAUCCCUAAAGCGAGCAUAAAAAAUAACGCCAGUGAGUGAAACGAAACGGAAAAAGAGAGGGAAAACCCGCGCGCUCGCACAUCAACCUCGAGAAGAGGAAAUAGAAAUCGUUGCGUGCGGCGUGUGGCUUAUGCUACUGAUGAUCUAUUACAGUGCGUUUGUGUGUGUGUGCGUGCGUGUGUAACUGUGCUGUAUUGUCGCGAUUCCGUCCGGUUUUCCCUCACCCUUGCUCGAUCUGUGUCACGCGUGAAGUGAAAAGUCGCCCGCGCAACUAAAAGAAAAUACAAGCGCCUUCCCGACAACCAUCGCUACUCCAGCGUUUAAGGAGUAGGACGUGGUGCUGGUUGGUUGAUAGUUUGUGAUAGUGUGUGAUUAGUUUUUGCUUAUAAAAGAGUGUGUCCACAGAGUGCGUGCGGAACCGGAUUGAAGGGCCGGGAAAAUAGAGCACGGGCAAAGAAAAACAAGCGCUGACCAAAAAUGUGCAGCCUACUUUCGCUGGUUGCGUUCGGGUUGGUCCUGCUGGCCGUCCCGGGGCUGGCCGGGACCCGGCCCCAGGAGGUCCGGAUCAACAAAUGCUGCCGGCUGGGCGAGUUCUACAACGUGGCCGAGCGGCAGUGCGUGGCGGGCGGUAUAGCCAAAUGGGUGCCACGCAUCUUCCUCCCCGCCAAGGGUCAACUGUACAAGGAUCUCGGCUCGGCACCACCGUUCAUGAAGUUUGCCGAACAGCAGCAACCGGACACCUGCCCCCGCCCGAACGUGUACGCCGUCGAUCUGGUCACGCUGAUGGGCAAUGGGUCACUGUUCCUCAACCAGAAGCACGUGUUGGUGCCCGUACCGGACUACUGCAUCGAUGAGAAGGUGGCCCUGGUGUGCCCGGAGCGCCCGACCGAACUCCCGGCAGCCGACGGUACGAACGGCGGUGGUCAGAUGGAUUCCCUUCAGGCGCCGGAAAAGACGAGCGUUGUGUUGCGCUGCUGCGGUUCCAACUUUGCGUACGAUCGGGGCAAUCGGACCUGCUCCAAGUUGCCGCGCGGCCACGAGCUGUACGAUUCGCGCAUCGUAAACUCCCCGUACGUGGAGCUGAGCUACGGAUUUCCGGCAUGCAAGGAGCACGCGAUCGCGGGCGCUUUCGAGGAGUCCCGGCUGCAGGAACAGACCGGCUCGGUAACGACCGACUCCGGAAAGAUCUUUGCGUCGGGCGAGUUCUGUCUGGAGCAUGUGCGGGACGACGAUCGGACGGUGUACGUGUUCACGUGCUCCGAGCACUUCCAGCCGGCUUCGGUGCCGAUUGCGAAGCAGGACGGCCGGUUGGUCCUCUACUCGGCCGGGCUGCUCAUCUCGACCAUCUUUCUGGCGGCGACGCUCGCCACCGGUCUGCUCGUACCGUCCCAGCAUCACGUGCUGCACUGGCGCUGCCAGACGCACUACGUCGCCUGCCUGCUCGUGGGCGAUCUGCUCCUUGCCAUCACUCAACUUUCCGGCAACUCCAUCACCGGACCGGCCUGCACACUGAUAGCAAUCUCCAUGCAUUUCUUCUUCCUGGCUGCGUUCUUCUGGCUCAACACGAUGUGCUUCAAUAUCUGGUGGACUUUCCGUGAUUUACGGCCAACGUCGCUGGAGAAAAGCCAGGAAAUCUGUCGGCUGCGCAUCUACGAGGUGUACGCGUGGGGUGGCCCGCUGGUCUUUGCCGGCGUGGCGGCGAUUCUGGACAACCUGCCGGACAGCAACGAUACGUACUUGAGGCCACGCUUUGGUGAAGCAAAAUGCUGGUUCUACGGUAAUAUGGAAAUGCUGACCUACUUCUUCGGCCCGAUCGGCAUCCUGCUCGGCAUCAAUUUGCUACUGUUCGCCUCGACCGCCCGCCAGCUGACCUGUGGCCUAUGGAAGCGGGACGAUGUCAAGUCUACGACGGAACGCCGCGGUUUGGUUUCUUCUCCCUCUUACAGUGCCGCGCUGGGGCGCGUCUGCCUCAAGCUGGUGGUCGUGAUGGGUGUCACCUGGGUGGCGGACGUCAUCUCCUGGGCCGUCGGCGGCCCGAACUACAUCUGGAUCGUGACCGAUCUGAUCAACGCGCUGCAGGGCGUCUUCAUCUUUAUCGUCGUCGGCUGUCAACCGCAGGUCUGGGCCGCCAUGAAGCGCUUGUGGAACUCGAAAACGGGCCGCUCGUUCACGAACACCACGCACGGUCCGCAGCACUCCAGCUCGUCGCACGGGCUGCCCUCGAUGGGCGAAUCCAUCACGAACAACACCUGCACGAACAACACGACCACCACCACCUCCAACCGGGUGCCGAUGGAAACGGUCUGCUGAGCUGUCCCCGGGGCCUGUGGGUAAGGGUAGACCACUGCACAUAAUCGACGGAGACGGGAUUGAUGCGGGGAUCACACAGCUAAGCGGACCAAAAACUCAUACACACACACCUAAACUUCUAACGACGAAGAUGCCACCAAGAUGUGUCGAAAGCAACCGGUAAUCGACGAUGGCCAAAUGCGUGCCCAAAUGUACGCGAAAUGGUCGGAAAAUAGUGUUUUUAUCAUCCAUCAUCAUCCUCAUCCUCCUCAUCCUUAAGAUAUCAACAGCGGGUCGCGUGCGAUUAGCAAAUCAUCCUCUCAGCAAUAUGAUCCUCUCGUGGAUGUGUGUGUAUUUGUGGGGAGGAGCGUGGAAAAAUAUUUAAUUUAAUCACUGGGAAGACUUUUGGGGAAGACUGUGCAGAGUAUUCGUAGCGAAUUACGAAGCCGAAUUUGAAGCUGGGUUUAAUGUGGGGAGGAAGUGUUGAGUACACUUGGACCAGCCAAAAAACACACUUAAAGUUGUUUUGUUUCUGGUUCCAUUUUCCACCCCGAGCAGUUCGCUUACCUUCACGCUAAUAGUUUGUAGAAAAAGUAUACAUAAAUACAUAGAUCGCCUACAUACUUGAAGGACUUGAACGGAGAGCCCCUGUGUUGUACUGUGAACAAACAAACAAACAAACAAGCCAGGGAGCAAAGGAUGCAAGUACACAUAUACUAAUACGGAUAAUAAUUAAUAUUUAAUAAAAUCAGUCAUGUUUCGACACUCA